AUGUACAGCCUGACGAUAAGACGCUUCUAUGCCGUAGGAGGAGCGUCAAUCAGGCUAGGAAGGCCUAGCAACAACCUUACCAGUGGGAUUGUGGGCCUAGCUAAUGUGGGAAAAUCGACAUUUUUCCAGGCCAUCACCAAUUCUACUCUAGGAAAUCCUGCCAACUAUCCUUUUGCAACAAUUGAGCCAGAAGAAGCAAAAGUGAUAGUGCCGUCCAAGCGGUUGAAUCAUUUGCAAAAAUUGUACGAAAGCAGUAAAAUAGUUCCUGCGACGUUGACAAUCUACGAUAUCGCUGGGCUUACCAGAGGUGCUUCAAAAGGCGACGGUUUGGGAAACAAAUUCUUGAAUGACAUCAGACAUGUUGACGGCAUUUUCCAAGUUGUCAGAGGUUUUGAUCAAGAAGAAAUUACUCACAUCGAAGGCUCGGUCGAUCCAACUCGAGACCUGAGCAUCGUCCAAGAUGAAUUGGUGCUGAAGGACCUUGAGUUCCUAGAGGGAAUCAGAGAAAAACUGGGACGCAAAAUGACAAAAACGGCGCGCAAUUCUGUUGAGUUCAAAAAUAUGGACACCGAGAUUAAGCUUCUGGACGCACUCGAAGAACAUAUGUAUGAGGGCAAGAAAAUCGCACAUUAUCCGCAAUCUUGGAGCCAGGAACAAGCAGACAUUUUGAAUAAACACAAUUUCCUCACGGCAAAACCUACGAUAGUGUUGCUCAAUGUAAGCCCGAAAGAUUACUUGCUCCAGAAAAACAAGUAUAAGCGGGACGUCGAGGAAUGGAUUGCGACGAAUUCGCCCGGAGAUAAGUUGCUACUUUUCAGCGCGGAUUUCGAAACUGAGUACAACCGAUUUUCUGAGUCGAAAGAUCAAAAAGGGCUUGAGAAGUACUGUCGCUCCGUUGUGACUGAGUCUAGUAAUGAGUUGCAAUUCCAAUCUUGUCUGCCGGAACUCAUCGUUGAGAUGAGGAAAAGUCUCGGUUUGAUCAGUUUCUUUACGUGCGGACCAGUUGAGGCAAGACAAUGGACCUUACGGGAAGGUAGUUUGGCGCCUCAGGCAGCAGGUGUCAUACACACCGAUUUGGAGAAAACGUUCAUUUCCGCGAGCAUAACGAAGUAUGCGGAUCUGCAAAAAAUGGAGAGUCCCAUCAAGGAGUCUCAGUUGAAAGCGCUGGCACUGGUAAAGAGAGGUGGCAAGCAAUAUGUCAUGGAGGAUGGAGACAUCGUGUUGUUUAAGGCUGCGAAAGGCGAUUCGAGGUAA